AUGACUGACAUUGUAUCGGCUACACCAUCAACAACAACAACAACCACCACAACAACAUCGAAUGGAGAUCACAACACGAACAAUAAUAAUAGCAUAAACAAUAGUCUAAGUGCCGAUGUAGUCGCACAACUAGGUGAUAUACUGGAUACACUUCACUUAAAGACUGUAGAGGACAAGGACUGUUCAAUACGAUACAGUGUCUAUAAAGGAGAGUCACAGAUAAAGGAGAUAAUGGACCUGAUAGAAUGUGAGCUAUCUGAGCCAUACUCUAUAUUCACCUAUCGUUUCUUCCUUGGAAUGUGGCCACAGCUCUGCUUCCUGGCACACGACGUCACCGACGAGAACAACAAGCGAUUAGUUGGUAUCGUCAUAUCAAAGUCUGCCAAACAUGGUAAACUGCUACGAGGCUACAUAGGAAUGAUUGUAGUCGACAAGACAUAUAGAAGGCUUGGUAUAGGAUCAAAGCUAGUUAGAUAUACAGUUGAGAAGAUGACACAGAUGUUGUGCGAUGAGAUAGUGUUGGAGACCUUGAUGACCAAUCACCAAGCGAUAGCACUAUAUGAAGGACUAGGAUUCAUUCGUCUGAAACGUCUAUUUGGUUACUAUACAAUGGGAGAGGAUGCGAUCCGAUUGCUACUGCCUCUUAAUCAAAAGUUCAUUGAUACAUAA